GUCCAAACCAGCAAGACGACACCUCUGCUCCCAGAUUGGAAAGAGUUUUACCAAGUUAGGAAGCCUGAACAGACAUGAGGGGACACACACUGGAGAUGGGGAAAGUGACACAGAACUACUACAGGACGAAGACGAGUCACUGAGCGAACACAGCUUUGACUCCCAGACGGAAGAUAUGUUUUUACAUGGCGAGGACAUGGUUUUGGACUGUGCCAGGGACUCGGAUGAACAAUGGGAACCCACAAUGUCAAGGUGUCCAUCCCCCACUAAUUCAGACGCUGAAGCUGGUUCAUCCAGCCGGACCCCUGCUGCCUCCGGCUCCACACCUUCCCCCGCCCGGCCAUCUAGAGGUGUGAAGAAGCCAGCCCAGAAGCGGAGGAGGGCCAGCGAACCAGCGACAACUACCAUCGAGGCAGAGGAUCGUUGGCACACUGUGCUAGAAGAUGAUGUGGAGCCACUUCCACCAACAUUUAGACCGAAAAGGCAUCCAGGACCUCAGCUGGACAUGACUGCAGAGUACAGCCCCCGUCAUCUUUUCCAGAUGUUUUUCUCCUUGUCAGUUCUUGAUUCGCUGGUUUCUAACACCAACAAGUAUGGGGCUAAGAAACAAGCAGGCAAGAAAGAGGCAUGGAAGCCCAUUUCCAUCCAAGACCUGUACUGUUACAUCUCAAUGGUUAUUUACAUGGGGGUGGUGAAGUUGAAAACCCUGAAUGACUACUGGAAAACGUCACCUCUCUACCAACUGCCUUUCCCCACCACUCUCAUGUCUUGUGAAAGGUUUCUGACUAUCUCACGGGCGCUUCAUAUCAGUGACCCACAAGUUGAUGACGACAAUGACAAGAAGAGAGGCACAGCAAGCUUUGAUAGGCUCUGCAAAAUCAAACCUCUCUACUCCAGCAUGGUUGAGGCCUGCAAGACCCAUUUUCAGCCCAACCAGAACCUGUCCAUAGAUGAGAGGAUGGUAGCCUCAAAGGCUAGAAUUGGCCUCAAACAACGUAUGUGUAACAAGCUGUGUGGGUACAAACUCUUUGUUUUGGCCGAUUCUAUGUGUGCCUACACUUGGAAUUUGUUUGUUUGUGAGGGGGAAAGCAGUUUUGCGACCGGUAAGGGACUCAGUUAUGAUUCCGUUAUGGAGUUGUUGGAUUUUCAACUGCUGGGGAAGGGCUACAAACUGUUUAUGGACAACUUCUACACAAGCCCUACCCUGUUCACAGACCUGAGGAAGCAGGAUGUGUGGGCUUGUGGCACCAUCCGUACCAACAGACAGGGCUUUCCGAAAGCCAAGGAGAAUGACAUGCCUAAGAGGGCUGAUCGGGGUACCAUGCGAUGGAUUCGUAAAGAUGACCUGCUCUUUGUUAAGUGGAUGGAUGCCAGAGAGGUGGUCAUGUGCUCCAGUAUCCACAAAUCCUUCAGUGGCGAUCACGUCAACAGGCGUGUGAAGGAUGCCAAUGGUGCAUGGGCCACAAAAAGGGUCCCCAUUCCUGCUGCUAUAAAGGAUUACAACAAGAGCAUGGGAGGUGUGGACCUGUCAGACGCUCUGAUAGGCUACAACAAUGUUCUUCACAAGACAAUGAAAUGGUACAGGACAUUGUUCUAUCACUUCAUUGACAUUGCUGUGAUGAAUGCAUUCGUCCUUCAUAAGGAAAUGGCUCAGAGCUGUGGACAG